GUUUCUCGAACCUUCCACCUAAAUCGAGAUGCUACUACACCUGUAGAACACCAGCUUCAACACCCUGAUGAUUUAAACAUAUCUUUUCACCAUAUCAUCAACCUCAAACUCAAAAUCUAAGAACAAAUUCUGAGUUGUCAAAGUGAGAUAGAGCAUAACUUCACAGAAAGAUUGUGCAACAACCGCAAAACUGAAGAGAAAGAGGGUAGAAGAAGAACAAACACCUUCGCGGUCAAAGAUGGGUGUGGAUUACUACAAGAUCUUGCAGGUUGAUAAAAGCGCCAAAGACGAUGACUUGAAGAAGGCUUACAGGAAACUUGCUAUGAAAUGGCACCCGGAUAAAAACCCCAACAACAAAAAGGAAGCCGAAGCUAAGUUUAAGCAGAUUUCCGAAGCAUACGAGGUGCUUAGCGAUCCUCAAAAGAAAGCUAUUUAUGAUCAAUAUGGAGAAGAGGGUCUGAAAGGUCAGGUUCCUCCUCCUGAUGCUGGUGGUGCUGGAACUACAUACUUUUCCACUGGAGAUGUUCCCGGAUCUUUUCGGUUCAAUCCAAGGAAUGCAGAUGAUAUUUUUGCAGAAUUUUUUGGCUUCUCAAGCCCAUUUGGAGGAAUGGGUGGGAGAGGUGGCGGCGGCGGCGGCGGCGGAGGCAUGAGAUCAAGGUUCCCUGGUGGGAUGUUCGGUGAUGAUAUGUUUGCAUCUUUUGGGGAUGGAACAGUACAUAUGAGUCAAGGUGCUCCUCGGAAAGCUCCUCCCAUUGAGAACAAGUUGCCUUGCACUCUUGAGGAGAUAUAUAGAGGAACUACAAAGAAGAUGAAUAUCUCUAGAGAAAUUGCUGAUGCCAGUGGCAAAACCAUGCCAGUGGAAGAGAUCUUAACCAUUAAUGUGAAGCCUGGCUGGAAGAAGGGAACAAAGAUCACCUUCCCUGAAAAGGGAAAUGAACAGCCAAAUUUGACGCCGGCCGAUCUCGUCUUCAUCAUUGACGAAAAGCCACACGGGGUCUUCACCCGUGACGGAAAUGACCUUGUUGUAACGCAGAAGAUUUCCCUUGCAGAGGCCUUAACUGGUUAUACAGUGCACCUCACCACUCUGGAUGGUAGAAACUUAACCAUACCAAUCAGCAAUGUUAUUCAUCCCAGUUAUGAAGAGGUUGUUACAAGAGAAGGCAUGCCACUUCCAAAAGAUCCAUCAAAGAAGGGAAACUUGAGGAUAAAGUUUAACAUCAAGUUUCCAACUAGGCUCACUGAUGAGCAAAAAGCAGGCAUCAAGAAGCUCUUGGCUGCAUGAAAAGGCUUGGUUAGUAUAGUAUUUCAGAUUUCCCUCUGAUAGCUACUUUAAUGAAGAUGUAAGAUAUAGUAAUAAACCUUUCCAAGAAAAAAGAAUGUACUAAGAAACAUUGUUGUUCCUCUAUAAAUUGUUUUUUUGAGUGAA